AUGGCACGCUCCAGAUGCAAUGGAAAGAUCCUAUGUCUGUGUCUCUUGCCUUGUGUGAUGGUAAGUCACCUGUUGGUGUACAUCAUGGUGUCCAUAUUUGUAGCCGUCUCCUACUCCCCUCCACUACCGCAGCUGCCCCUCCAUUUCAUUGCCACCGGAGCCUCCACAAACUCAGGAGCUCUUGCAUCCCAUCCAGUUCGGCCAUUCUGGAAUCUCAGACUAGAGGACGGGGCACUGUGGAACCGCCUCCAGCACAUUUGGGAUAGAGAGCACAACCCCAUAUUGAGAGUUAACGGAACAAGGUCCAAGGUCCAAGGUCCAAGCCUUGAUGCAAUACAUCUGCAAGAGAUGGAAAAAACUGGUGCCUGUGAACAAGACGCGGCUUGGGCGUCCCACCUGCCUGACUUUAACACCCUUCCUGAUCAAAUGAAAGAUUUUGUCCUGUCCAUGCACUGCAGGCAUUACACUGUCCUCGUGGACCAACCCAAUCUGUGUGCCGUGCAGGACUCUAAGACACCGUUCCUUCUCAUGGCAAUCAAAUCGCAAGUCGGGAACUUUGAGAACAGGCAGGCCAUCCGAGAGACAUGGGGAAGGAGCGGUUGGAUCCAAGGGGACAGUGGAGGAAGAAGUUGGUUACUACGCACUGUCUUCUUGCUUGCGAGGCAGGACACAGAAACAGGGCCUCAUCCAGAUCUGAGCGCCCUAUUGAAGUUGGAGAGCAGCACCCAUGAGGACAUCCUCCUGUGGGACUUCAAAGACACUUUCUUCAACCUCACCCUGAAGGAUGUACUUUUCUGGGACUGGCUUUCAAAGCGCUGUUCUCAUGUCCACUUCAUUUUCAAGGGAGAUGAUGAUGUGUUUGUUAGGACUAAGGCUCUGCUGGACUACAUAAACCAUGUUGGCGUACAAAAGACGCAUGGAAAUAAGACAAAAGAGCGGGAUGAUUUUGUUGUGGGGGAUGUUAUUGCCAAUGCCUGGCCCAAUCGGCAACCUGGUACUAAAUAUUACAUACCCGAAAGCUUCUAUAAAGGAACGUAUCCAGCCUACGCAGGAGGCGGAGGGGUGGUUUACACUGGUGCUUUGGCUUUACGUCUACAGGAGGUCUCUCGAUGGGUCAGCUUGUUUCCUAUUGACGAUGUUUACUUAGGAAUGUGCCUUCACAGGCUCGGGGUGUCCCCCACUCAUCAUUCAGGUUUUCUUACCUUUGAUCUUCCAGAAGACCUGCGGGAGAAGCCAUGUGCGUAUCACAACGUUCUCCUAGUCCAUAAACGCACCCCGAAAGACAUGUUAACCCUAUGGAAGGAGCUACAGGUUCCUCCUCAGGAGUGCUAAUGUGCACUUGUUCAUGAAUUCAAAUGAAGGUAAAUGAUGCCGCGGGGACCUGGACUUCAAAGUUAUUUUAAUUUUUACCACAAGGUAUUUUCAAGCCAGUUGGGCAUGUUAAUUUGCAUAAAAGGCCUUCUGUGAUGUUGGGCUGUGCUCAGGGCUGUGUGUGCAGUGGUUAUUAUAAGGAGGUCAAAUUGGAAUGGCAAGACAGCAGACAAGCUAAAAAUAGCAUACAGCAUGGUUGACUUCUUAA